AGACAAUCUCGUAACUCAGUGGACAUCGAGGACUAAAACACGCUACGACCAAGGUUGUAGUGAAUUCACGACUACUAGCGGGACAAACCUUCUUGAUGAACUCUAAUAAUACUACUCGAAGCAGACUACAACUACAUGUUUUUGUUUAUCCGGUCAUACAUGUAGAUCAACUAAAAUCGAAAUCCUUCAAAACACCAUGUCCGUCUUGUUUCCUCCAAAUGAGGGUUUCACACGGCCCUCCUUGGGCGGGCUUCGGCUUGGGAGUGGGUUUCAGCUUCCAUCAGCUAACUUUCAGUUCUAUGCAGAUCCUGGGACAACAGCUGGCGCUUCCAAUCCUGGAGUUGGCGCAAUAUCAACGGAGGUAGGCGAAGUGCAGAAUUAUGGACUGUAGAUUUUAAUGGUGCAGUCAUGAUGAAGAUGAUGAUUGUACUAACUAGUGUGUAGUCAAGUCUUCCACGUCAUCCACCAGGUUCGUUGUACUAGUGGUACUAUUUAGUUAUAUUUUUCACGACAGUAGAGUGCUUCAUAACACAGCGUACUUACGUCUUACCAACAUUAACAUAUGGAUACUCUUAUACUUCUACGAACAAAUUGCUCUUCUAACAAAAGCAGCCUCCCUCUAUGCCGGCAGGUCGAAGUUCAGGCCAGUUCAUUCAGAGCCACGCACAGCCGAUGUCGCAUGGCUCCGCAGGCGCCGUUGAGAGCGGGUACAUAGGUGGCGGCAAAGAGACCUCAAUGCUACCAACAUCGAUGGACGACUACUUAAAGAUGAAUUUUUUUGGAGACAAUUUAUGGCUGCUGAAGAUGUGAUUGUGAUAGAUUCUUGUCAUUGUGGUAGGAAAAGCUAGCUGAGGUUGCCAUAGACUCGUUCUGAUACACCUAGAAAUCUAGAACUGUAGACCUUCUCCUCGUCCUCCAAGUGGUAGCGUACCGUCUCCCACCGCCUGAAAGAAAAUCCUCCAUGAUCAUUUCUAACCGAAGACACAGCAGCACGAAAAGGCUCGAGAAGUCCGAGUCGCAAGACAACCUGGGACCCAGAUGAGCAGGGCUCUAGUGGUGCAUCCUCCUCUUCAGGCACCGAGGAUGAGAAACACUUGGUCGCUUCAAUCGACGUCUCACUCGGUUUAUGGCGCGCCGCUUGCAGUGACGUGUAUGGUCGGGGACCGCCCAGACGAUUUGACGCAGAUUUGAUUGCCAAAUACAAACUUUUAAUGCGAACGAGCUUAGGAGAGCUGUGGCCAAGAAAGAAAUGCACUUUGUGGGACGCCGAGCUUGCUGCAAUGCCGACGGUAAAGAUAGGGUCUUUGUCGAGCGUUGCGUAUAAUUCUACAGGCGCCUUGGUAGAGAGGAGCAGUGUUGUUGAGCCUUCAUCUUCUUCUUUAUUAAGGCUUGGGAGUUGACAUCUCUAUGCGCGUCUCUAUGGCUAUCUCAAGUAGGAAAGCCAUAGAUAUUCGAGCUAGAGACGCCAACUUUCAACCUCUAACUUUAGUGCCACAAGAAGCCUCAACACAACCUCAACCUGUGGUCAAUGACGCAGUGCCACCGACAAGACUCAUCAGUGACGUCCCUGACCUGUUCGGCUUCGCAGGUUUUAGUAGUUCUCAAGUUGCAUCAGCACCUGCAGCAUCAGCGCCCCGUUCUCCAGCUCCUGGAUCUCCGGAUCUGCUGGAACGCUUUUUGCGACAAACAGAGCAUAAAGCAGUGCCGAUAGGUAUCCUAGUAAAAGAGUUAGUUGUUGUACAGAAGUAUGUAAGUAUGAGUACUAUGUAGACCAGGGGGAGGUAUCGGUAUGUUUAUGUAGACGUAGACUAAGCUCAUCGAAAUUAUCCUCGUAUGAUCAAAUUAUAGUGAAGAGUAGUUGUGAACUUCUUUUCCUACUGCCAUUGCCUACGAUUCCUCCUUCCAUCACCAGCUCAAGAGGAGGAUUUUAGUUUCUUCGGUGUCCUCUCGUGGGCUGGAAGCGUUGCGGCUGAUAGUCUUUUGUCCGCAGUGAACGACGACGCUUCUCUUAAGGGUACUUACAAGAAAUCCCCCAUUUUCAGAGGCAUCUUGGUCCCGUUUUUCAAGGGUCCCAAGGAGACCCAAGAUGCUGCUGAAGAGGGGUUUCCAUUAGUUAGUUCUAAUUCUAGGACGCCGUCUGUGUCUUCUUCCUCUACGCUAACAAAGCCGAAGGCUGUAGUGCCGGUUGCUCAGCCUGCCUUUGCAGCUCCACAACUUUUGAAGAAAGAAGUCCAAAUUGGAGCGGAUUUAGAUUCGACUCUCAUCUCGCAUGAAGUAGCGAGGAAGAUGGGCGAGCAAGAGACAUCGAAAGCGAAGGGAACAACUGCCGCGGCGCCUGUCAUGUCAGGUAGGCUUAUAAUAUUAAUUUUGUUUGUUCUUGGGUAAUCGUAAUCGAUGCUGAUGCAUGCUUACAGUUAGAAGAUCUUGAUGCACACAACAGAAGAAAUCGCGAAAGGCGGAGAGUACUUUUGGAUCCGGUCUAACGUUGACGCAGAACGCGGAUCAAAACCUAGCUUUGCUGAGAAGCAUUUCCUCAUAACCGAGCAUUCAGACGAGCAGCAGCAACAAAAACUUUUCAUUCAUCCGGAGGAAAGUUAAGUAGAGGUGGAUAAGAAUCGAACCUGCUCUUCUACAAAACCAAAUACAAAAUUUCGCUUCGUCUUCCUCCCCCUUAUUCCCUUCUAACCUCCCUCCUCCUCCUCCGAUUCCGCUCUCGCUCGCAAAACCUCUCUGCUUGCGUCCUUGCGUUGCUCUGUGUCCUGUCGCAAGGGGCACAAAGAGGGCACAGCUAAUCACGAUGGCUUCGGUAUCAUGCAUUUGGAUGGCGUGUACCAAUGGGGCCCGUUGACACUAAUUGCAGUCUACGAUGGACACGGGAAAUUUGGGGAAAUUACCUCUCAAAUCACCAGCAAUCUGAUGAUGAAGAUCUUCUUGGAAAGUACUGCUACUGUGAAUAUUAAUAUUAGACUUUGAACUACUUUGUCCAACUUUGAACUUUGUUGAUCUUCUUGUACUCACUAUCAUGAGGGACCACGACGGACAACUAAACUCCCUUAUAUAUAGAAUAUGUUGAUGGUAAGCUGCCACUGAAUCAUCUGAAACUAACUAAACUAAUAACUAGGAUCAUAUCAUCUUGUUCGAAGACUCAGAAGGUGGUUUUUGAUUUCUUUUUAGACUUACAACAGUAUUCAUGAUCCCAAGAACAAGCACUACCUCUGUCCUCCUCCAGAUCUGAACUCAGCAGCAGCGGCAAUACCAAGAGAUGGGCCUGGAUUUAUGGAUGCAUCUUCGGAGCAAUUGGCACCUUUAGGCAAGGCUAUGGAGGACACUUUUCAAACGAUUCAUAAGGUAUAUAUAAUUUUCGGUAUAACUUUCAACACAACUUCAUAAGGUAUAUAUAAUUUUCAGCACUCUUAUCACAACUCUUAAUUAUAUCCGUAUUUUUUAUUAGGAAUAGGAAGACAUUGACAUGAUCGCUGAAAUUCGCAGAUUUCAUGAUCUCGAUGACUGUUGAGAUGAAGGAUGAAGGGACAGUCUCUCCAGUCUUCAAUUUUAAGGCUUGAAAGUUGGCAUCUCUAUGAGCAUCUCUAUGGUUUCUCCAAGUAGGAAAGCCAUCGAUAUGCGGGCUAGAGAUGCCAACUUUCAACCCCUAACAAUUUGAUAGUCAGUUACCAAACGCAAAUAACACCCGAUAAAAACUCUUUCGCUCCAGAUCAUGGACCAACUCACAAUUGGCUAUCUCGACUAUUCGGAAUCGACACCACUCGAGCGGGACCCCCUUUUCCCAGACGCUUUUGACGCUAGAGAAAGUGGGACAACGGCAACCUUGAUUCUGAAGGGAGGCGAUGAAGAUCCAUGGCUUUUGAUUGGGCAUAUAGGGGAUGGCAAAGCGGUGCUUGUUAAGGUAAGCCUGUAAGUUACUAGUUCGCUACUCUACUCAGAUUGCGCAGCUAGCUAGUAUCGCAUUCUUUAUGGUUUCUCAAGAAAAGUGAAGUUCUGGUUCUGGAGGUCUCGCAAGAACAAGUUCGAUACUGUGCAAGAAUAAUUUAGAAGACUCUUGCCAGUUUAAGUUUUAGGUUCCUCCACGAAAACACCUCUUUCUAGUAGACCCACGAACCAUCCAGGAAAACGACGACGUUACCUUCCUCACUCGAGACCAUCGACCGGACGAGGCUAGUGAGAAAGAAAGGAUCGAGAAACUUGGCGUAGCACAUAUCGAAUCCUUCUAUGUCUCCAGGGGGACAGUGAGGCCUUGGGAUCCACGAAUCGUGACGACAGGCCAAACCUGGCCAGCGCUCAACAUGUCUCGAGUAUUCGGGGAUUUGCAUGCGCAUGAGCAAGGAGCGACAUAUAUGCCGGACGUAUUAUAUUACUAGACAGUUAGUCUUAGUAGUAUGAAAGAAUAUAAGAUUACGACCUCAAGUAGAACAAACUGAUGUUAGAUAAAGUAGUAUACGCAUAUGACGAGUUGGGUUCUUCAUUUUGAAUAAUAUAAUAUACCCCAGGUGCGUCUCCUCGACGCGAAGAAGGGAGAGAAGGUUAUUGUCGCAACCGAUGGGGUAUGGGACGUUUUUGAGGAGGGAAAGGAAAUCUUACCCUACGUGUCCGAAGCCUCAAAUAUUUGUGAAGAAGCGAAGAAACGAUGGAACCAGAAAUUAGAUGAUGGAUUCCAUGAUGACAUUACGUGUAUUGUGUUGGAGCUGUAGAUGACCACAUGGUUUUUGAGUUGAAUUCUUCGAUUACCUCGAUAUCAGAUGCGAAAACGAAUGUGGAUACAUCGACAUCCAAACAAAUCUUUUUAUGCCACAAAACAAAGAAUUUUGAUCAAUUGAAUAGCCUAAGAAAACUCCGGGACACAUAGUUUUCAAAUAAAAAAAAUUUGAAAUUUUGACGGGUAGAGUGACACUUCCUGUCGUCAAUAUUUUCACUGGUGCUGUUUUUAGGCUUGCUUUUACUCUGCAUUACUAAUAGGCUUUUCAUUCAACAGGCAUAAGAGUCUUAUGAUUUUUUGAGCAUCAGCAUGAAGAACGCAUACCCAUACGCAUAAUAGAAGUUCUAAAUAAAUGUAGAUCCAGGUCAUGACAAACAUGACCACAAGUUCAUUUUUUAUGAUACAGUAGCUGUAGCACAGUAGCUAGAUAAUGUUACAACAGCUAGAGCUAGUAUCAUUGAAAACAUGCCUAUGCCUAUCGCAAUCGUAUCUCUACUGUAUUCUUCAAUUUUCGCAUAGAAAGGAACAAAUGAGACGCCAAGCACUGGUGCAACAAAGAAACGAACAAAAUAUAAACCCUCAACCUCAAGAUGAUGGAUGAUCGCAAUUUUGUACACCUACACAUCGAACGCCUACGCCUUGUCAUUGCUGAAUGAAGGUUUUUUCUUUUUGGAAGAAAGAAGUCUGAAGAUUCCUUUUUGAAGCGCGACGUCGAACUCUCCUCGCUCUUGAUGUUGGAAAUACUUAAUAUUAAUAAAUUAAAAUUGAAAAGUCAACAACAUCCAAUGCUACCUUGGAGCUCGAGGACAGAAGCCACCGGAUUGUAGAGUGUAUCCUACGUUCCUUAGGGAAGGAUUCACGAAGAACAAGAAGGGUUCUGUCGCCGAUUGACCAUGAUUAUUUCACGGUCCCUGUGUCCUCUCUCCGAACGCGACGCAUGUGACAGUGAGUUUGGGUCCUUCUGCUCCUCUCUCUUUUUGGACUGCGACGCAUGUGACUGUGAGCUUGGGUCCUUCUGCUCCUCUCUUUUUGGACUUGAUCCGAAGAUCCACAGCGCGAAUACAGAC